AACACAGAAAAGGAAGAGGCUGGUAGAUCAAAAACGUCACCGUUUAAAGAUCGAAUCCAAUUCUCCAUAUAUAAUAUAGUAUAAAAAGGUAUACGUGUGCUUUCUUACACAUGUUCUUCUUUGUAGCUUCCUUGGGUUAAAACUUAAAACUUUUCUCCUGCUUUAAAGAAGUCAAAGCUCAGAAAAAAGCAAAGGAAUGGAGAAUCUACCUCCUGGAUAUCGUCCCAAUGUUGGUGUUUGUCUAAUCAAUUCAGAUAAUUUGGUAUUUGUAGCUUCAAGAUUGAAUGUUCCUGGAGCAUGGCAGAUGCCGCAGGGAGGGAUAGAAGAUGGAGAGGAUCCAAAGUCAGCAGCCAUGAGAGAGUUACAAGAAGAAACUGGAGUCGUUUCAGCUGCAAUCAUAGCUGAGGUUCCAACUUGGUUAACAUAUGAUUUCCCACCGGCAGUAAAAGCAAAGGUUAACCGGCUCUGGGGCGGUGAAUGGCAUGGUCAGGCGCAGAAAUGGUUUCUAGUGAGACUGAUAAACGACGAGGAUGAAAGAGAGAUCAAUCUAGCUAACAACGAAGCGGAUUCAGAGUUUGCGGAGUGGAAGUGGGCGAGACCGGAAGAAGUGGUAGAGCAAGCAGUUGAUUACAAAAGGCCAACCUACGAACAAGUCAUUAAGACUUUUGGUUCUUACUUGAAUGAUCCAGGAAGAGCUGCUAAAUGUAAAUCUGCCAAGUGGUGAUAAGGAAACCAAUGUUUGUUCUGCUCAUUUUUGUAAAUUGGUUAUUGGUACUAGAAGGUUUUGGUUUUGGUUUAACUUGGGGGUUUAUUGUAAUAAAGUCAUGGUCUGGAUCCACAAAAAGGGAAUGGCUUGUGUAUGUCCUUCUAACUUAUAACUAAGUGUAAAGAAAAUGCAAAGGUUAUGAUUAUUCUAAAUAGUACAUGUACAUUGUUUAUAUU